UCAACGGUUGGCUUGCAUUUGCAUUUCAUUGACGUCGCCGGGAAGUAACCCCGCAUCCAGCCCGAUUUCGACUCGACUCAAUCAUUACCCGCUCGGUCUAAAGACUACUCCACUUCGUCAUAGAGGACUUUCUCAUACAACUCGAAUAUCCUCCUGUCCUCGCUCUGUCGCAAUGGAUGGCAUCGGGGAAGGCCCCGACGGCAUGGGCUUCGACAUGCCCAUGCUCAUGAACCAGCAGCAGCAGUUUUUCGGCGGCUAUCCUCAUGACACUUCGCCGAUCCCCUCCGCUCACCACAAUGCGGCGUUCCAGGAAGAUGCCUCAAUGGGCAUGGGUGAUGAUACCAAUGACGCUAAGAGAAGAAGAAUCGCCAGGGCCUGUGAUAUGUGCCGGAAGAAGAAGAUCAAAUGCGAUGGCAAGAUGCCUAAGUGCUCCCACUGCAUCAACUACAAGACCGAUUGUGUCUUCACACAGGUCGAGAAAAAGCGGAAUCCGCCCAAAGGUGCCAAAUACAUCGAAGGGCUGGAAAAUCGACUGGGGAGGAUGGAAUCUCUACUGCGCCUCUCAGGCCUACUUUCGGAGGAAGAUGGAGGAAAGACCGACCUCGGAACCCUAGAACGCCGCCUGGCCGAUCGAUCUUUGGCGAACGGUGGGCUGAGUCUCCCAAAAAGUCCGGGGAGAUUCAAUGCUUCCAACUCUAAUAACCAAUCUCAACAAGCCUCCUCGCAUCACUCUACCCCCCGCGUCGAAUCUCAGUCAAGCCCGCAUACGGCCCCUACAUCUCCAGACUCGCCGAAGGAAUCUGAAAAUGAAGUUGAAGGUCUGUCGGAUAUGAUGUGCUCGCUUGUGACGAACAAUUGUGGAGAGACGAGGUAUAUUGGCUCGUCAUCGGGUUUCUCGAUAUUCUCUCCGAAAGGCAUACAAUGGGUGAAUGAGAAAACAGGCGACUCUUCGUUUCAGGAUAUGAUCUCUUCCGCAUAUAUCGACGACAAUAAGUGGAUGUAUUGGAAGCCGGAGAUCUUCAGCGAUAUAUUCGCCCGUCGAGUUUUCAAGCCAUUACCGCCGAAAGAAGAAGCAAUGUCCCUUUUUCAAGACUUCUUUGCGAACUUUAAUUGCAUGUUCCCGCUUUUCCAUGAACCGACUUUCAUGCAUCUUGUGGAACGGCAAUAUUCCCGCGACCCGUAUGAAGGCUCCGGCUGGUGGGCUAGUAUCAACGUUGUUCUGGCGAUCGCGCAUAGAAUCCGGGUCAUGAACAACUUAGUGCCACAAGAGGAAGACAAAAAAGCGUGGCUUUACCUCAAGAACGCAAUGGCUGUUCUAACCGAGCUCACUAUGCGCAAUACGGAUUUACUGAGCGUUCAAGCCUUGCUGGGAAUGUCACUUUUCUUACAAGGUACCCCCAACCCGCAACCAUCUUUCUUCCUUGUCGCGGCAGCUAUUCGGCUGUCUCACAGCAUAGGGCUGCAUAAACGUGGCUCUGGGUUUGGUUUGAACCCCGUCGAAGUCGAACAGCGCAAGCGGGUGUUUUGGAUUGCUUAUUUGCUUGAUAAAGAUCUAUGUCUCCGUUCCGGCCGCCCACCGGUUCAGGACGAUGAUGAUAUGAAUGUCGAAUUACCGAGUGAAGAUCCCCCUGACAACAUUGGCAAUGUGCCGCUGUCGGAUGGAAAGAGCAAAUUCAACCUUUUCAGGUCGAUGUGUCGCUUUGCUACUAUUGGAAGUCGAGUGUACAAGCGACUAUAUUCAGCGAAAGCGUCGAAACAGUCGGAUGGCGAACUGUUGAACACCAUUGGAGAGCUCGACAAAGAAUUGGAAGAUUGGAAAGAUAGCAUACCACUCGAUUUCCGCCCAGAGAAUGAGAUCAAAGCUACCCAUACGCCGUUGAUCCUGCAUGUCGUCGUUCUUCAUUUCGCUUACUACAACUGCUUGACAACAAUCCAUCGAAUGUCUGUACAUCAUGGAUACUGGACAAGCCGCCUGUCCAACUAUGCCAUUCAAGGUCUCAACGCCAGGCCAUUGAACCCCAGGGUGUUCCUGUCGGCAGUUCUUUGCGUGACUGCCGCUCGAGCGUCCAUCAACCUCAUCAAAUACAUUCCGCAAGGCGACUUCGCAUGUGUCUGGUUGAUCUUAUAUUACCCCGUCUCUGCAUUGGUCACUCUAUUCGCCAAUAUCCUUCAAAACCCCAAUGAUGCACGAGCGCGCUCGGAUGUGAAGCUGAUGAACGUGGUGGUCAAUUUCCUGUCGACGCUGGUAUCCGAUGAGUCAAACGGAAGUAUCAAACGCAUGCUCACUCUAUGUGGCGAGUUUGAACGAAUCGCGCAGGUGGUUCUCGACAAGGCGGAGAGGGAGUCCCAUUCGAAGAAGAAGCGCAAAGCCACCUCCGAUGAUCCCAAGAACCAGCAACAAACAUCCAACGGAAAUCAGUCCCCCACGACCCCCGCCAUGAAAACAUCAGAUGCACCCUCCGCCGCUGCAACAGCAGUGCCCCUUGCAUCGUCCUCAUUCCCGACAGGUCAGAACAAUCAGCCCACGGGUAAUGCGCCCACCGCAACACGCAACUUUGUUCCCGACCAAGCCUUCCCUGCAGCCGGUAGUGGCCUCCCUCCGAACCUUCAGGAAACCAUACAUAGCCUAGCCGGCCUGGGUCCCGAUUUCGAAAUGCUCAGCCCACACAACCUUGACGGCGUACGGUUUGGCGAUCAACCACCCUUCACGACCACCUCGGCCGACACACCCCUCUCGUCCUUCCAACAACCAUUCGUCCCGCAAGAUCUGUGGCAAAUGCCGAUGACCAUUGAAUGGGAUUGGGCGGACAUGUCGAACAAUUUCCCGGUCUUCGGUGACACCAGCGGGCCCGGUGGCGGGCCUGCGAACGAGUCGUGAUGCCACCCCCACGACAUCCAUGACACGGGGCGAACGGGUCGCACAAAAGGACGGGAAAGGGGG